CAAAGUCCAGGAUUCAAGAAUGUUAGAAAGGGAGUGACAUAUUAAUCUCGGGCUGCCAUGGCCAGUCUUAGCACAUGGCUGCUGUCAGGCCGGUUGAGCCGGCGGACUGCGGCAUGUCUGCUUGGUGCAAUGUCCUUGUGGUAUCUUCUCCUGAGUUUUGGCGAUCGCUUAGUCAGUUGGCGUGGAGGUGUCUGGAGGGCCUACUUUGUGCCAACGCCAGAGAUCUGGGACUCAAUUCACCGGCACGGGCAGCUAAAUCCUGGCGGGAUCUGGAACUACACCCAGAAGCGACUGGAGAAAACAGACACAUUCCGGUACUUGUCCAGCAAAGGGUACGACUCUCUCCUGGACGUGUCAUGCAACGUGGGGUUUAUGCUGGCUAGCCUCUUGAAGAGUCACCCAACCGCGAAGCACUAUGGCACUGACAUCAGUCGGGUAAUGGUAGAGAGCACGCGGCAAAAUUGCCCUAUCUGCACUGCGGCACAGUUUGACUUGGGCAAUCUGAGGAAUCCUGGGGUUUCGCCACAGGACAUGUUACAUGAGGUGUGGCCUGUGCAAGAUGUACCCCGGACCUUCGAUGUGGUUCUGGUAUCCGACGUGCUCAUUUACAUUAGCUGGGGUGGCAUCCCGCCUUUCUUUCUGCGCUGUGAGUGCUGCUGCGGGAUUUUCCGCAGCUGGGCGCUUUCUUCCCAGCGUAGAUUCCUGGAGAAUGUUGCCAGCUUGGCCAAGGACGAGGUCGUGUUUUCACGGCACCAGGGCAGCAUCAUCGUGACCAGCAUGAUGGAGGCGCUUGGCGUUCCUCUUGAAAAUGGGGUCUGGCGGUUUCCUGGCACGGCAAAGGCAGCAUGAGAUGGCCGGGACCGAGGCCACUUGACUCAAAGCCGUUGAUGCCAAAGCUCAAAGUGAAGGGCCGCGCAGUGCGGAGUCCCGACCGACCUUGCUCCGCGCGGCCGACUGGCGCUCGUGGAUAGGUCUCACUGCGCUGGGGCUUGUGAAAUGGGGCUGCGCCUCCCAUGCUUGCACGAAGCCAUAUGAAGGCGAAGGCUGUUUUCAAGCCAACAGUGGUGGAAACGCCACCAUUUCUAUGAGUUUCUGCUAGCAUACGUGAUACACGGGCUGAGCCCACUGCUUUUGGAGCAUGAUGCGCGGUUGUGUCCA